CAACGUCACGUUCUACAGUAAACAUUCCACCAAUGAGAAGAUCUGAUUUGACACGGGAGGGAGAGGUGCGCCCUUCAGUGUAUUCCAUAGCGAUGGAAGUUUUUUUAUUUUUAAAGUUCCGUAUAAACAUAACCGGUUCGGUUUAAUCGCGUUCGUUCGUUUAUACUUUGUCUCGUUUUUUUUUUUUAAAUCGUGUUUUUGACCAUGAUUUGGUUCGGUAGAGUUGCCAAACUUCACUACGGAGUUCUCCGCUGCUCGCUCUCCUCUGCCUCUGGAAAAAGUUCCAGCGCGAUUCAAGUUCCCUACUUGUCCAGACAGUGGUGUAGAUAUGGGGCACCAAGACCAGUUCACUACUACAGCACCCUACCACCUGCCACAGGUAACACAGAUAUAUCUGUACAGUAUAAGUAUGGACGACCAGUGUUGUCUCUCCCCCUGCCCUCCCGCAGUGAGUUGUGUCAGUUCAGUCUGCGUCCCAUGUUGAUGACAGUAACAGACUUCCUGUCAGACAUACAGAGAGAGGACCCUGGAGUAGCUAUCGCAGCUGUACUGAGCACAGAUGGAGAGAAGGUUUGCUCUAGCACCUCUAUAGACACAGUUCUCAAUCAGGACUUCCAGAUCCUCAUCAACAGCACCAUCUACAGGAUACACUCCCCAGGCAGAGAGUCUCCAGAACAUUCCACCAGUAUAGAUGACAUGAAGACAGUAGUCCACAUGCUCCAGUCAGCUCUCAACCUGCCAGAACACCAGCUACUGAGACAGAUUCAGCUUCUCCGCAGACUGGAUACACUGAAGCAGGAGCUGGGACCUCUGGAGGAGGUGCGGGCCCAAGUGGCUGGGAGGGCGGAGUCUCAGUCGAUGCGUGUAGAGUGGGCGGUGCUUGCCUUUCUCUCUCUACAGGGAAGCUUUCUGGGAUACCUGACUUGGUUUGUGUUUGCCUGGGACGUGAUGGAACCAGUCACCUACUUCAUCACCUACGCUACCAGCAUGGGCUUCCUGGGCUACUACAUACUCACUAAACAGGAGUUACUCUAUCCGGAUGCUAAGGACCGUCAGUUUCUCCACUUCUUCCACAAGAGAGCAGCAAUGGAACACUUUGACACACACAGAUACAACGCACUACGAGACCAACUGGCUACGGUGGAGAGUGAUCUGAAACGCCUGAGGAACCCUAUUCAACUGCAGCUACCAGUGGACCCCAUUCAGCCCAGCAACUAAACACCGCACACUAUACACACACUACAAAAGGAGCAAUAUUGUAGCACCUUAAUUUGUUCCGCGGAACACCAGCUCUACAUUACAUCUCACGUGGGACUCAGAGGGAUAUGUCAUACGCCUGGGUUCAAAGAACAUAAUUUCAGAGAUUUACUAUGUGAAAUAAAUUCAGCAUUUUUAUCUGUG